AUGGCAUUCUCUUUUUCGACUACCGUCCAAGGACCAAGCGGCCCUCUGAAUGUUGUCUUUAGUGAAGGAACUCCCGAGCAACACCUUGCAUGUUGCGAGGUUAUCGUUGCCUCUUAUGCGCCGUCCUUCCCAGCCUCCGCUAUCGCGGAACAGGAAGAAUAUCUAUCGCAGCACCCGCUAACCCUCAACCAAGGCACCCGAUUUUGGUGCAUAUCUCUAGAUGACGAUACAAGAUCCGUUCUCGCAUUGUGCAAGACGAUACGUCGGCGGUUCCUUGUGAAGGAUAGCGAGUCGAUGCGUGAAGAGAGCGGCUACUGCAUCAGCACCGUUGCUACCCAUCCUCAAUAUAGACGGCUAGGACUUGCGACGCUACUCAUCGAACAAGUUGCUAAAUGGUUAGAUGGACCAGGUGAUGCGGCAGCAAGCAUGCUGUAUACCAGUGUGGGCGACUUUUAUGUCCGUUCCGGAUGGCAGAUGAUACCCUCAAUCAUAUCAAACAUAACAAAUAUCUCUGAUGAUUCUCAGCUGGGAGAUCGCGCAGGCCUCCCCAGUACCCGUCUCCUAGCAAACGAGGAGAUCCCAGCACUGUGCGAGCGCGACGUGGCAGACUUGAAGGCAAACUUCGAGAAGACGGCAGUCGGACCAGAUGGGGUGCACGUCGCUGUGAUUCCAUCGGCUGAGAUGGUCUCGUGGUUGUUCGAAUGGGGCGAUUUUCUCAACACCAAGCUCCGUGGUGGUGAACCGCCAUUUGUGCAUGGCGCAAUCUGCGAAGCUGCCGACACUUGGAUAUACUGGCAUUAUGGCUUCAAACAUUUAGCAAUAUCAAGAGUACGAACUCCUCCGGGUGUUGAGGCUUCUCCCGAAGUACUGGCCAGUUUGCUGCUCGAUGCUUUGGAAGAAGCCCGCAAGUGGAAGUACCCCAAAGUUAUCGUCUGGGAACCGAGUGCUGAAUUGAUCAGUGCAAUGGACCUAAUUUCGAAGACGGCUGGAGUCGAGGUGGAGACAGUGGCGAGGCCAAACAGUAUUACUUCGCUAAGAUGGAAGAUUUCAGACGAGACCAAGAAGACUACUCUUCAUUUGAACGAAGUCUACGCCUCAUGUUGA